AAAUUCGAAAGAAAAAAAAAAAAGCAUUUCCAACUAAUUCACGGAGAAGAACGAGAGGGCUUUUUUCUCUCCUCUCGUACGUUCCUCUUUCAAGGAGAUCCAAAUCUCUUCGAUCUCUUCUUCUUAGAGAGAGAAAGAGAGGUAAAUUCAAAGUGCGAUUAUGGAUCAGAUACUCAACAAGGUGGGCUCGUACUGGUUCAGCCAGAAAGCCAACAAAGAGCUCAAUUCCGUCGGCGAUGACAUAAGCUCAUUGUCAUCCAGCAUUGAAGGAGGAACCAAAUGGUUGGUUAAUAAAAUUAAAGGAAAAAUGCAGAAGCCAUUACCCGAGCUGCUGAAGGAGUAUGACCUUCCAGUAGGAAUCUUCCCUCGUGAUGCUACAAACUAUGAGUUCAACGAGGAGACAGGAAAGCUUGUUGUCUUUGUCCCUGCAGUGUGUGAAGUCGGCUACAAGGAUUCAUCUGUCUUACGUUUUUCCACCACAGUAACUGGAUUUAUGGAGAAAGGAAAGCUGGCUGACGUAGAAGGAAUGAAGACUAAGGUGAUGAUAUGGGUAAAAGUUACCUCGAUAUCAUCUGAUAGAUCAAAGGUCAAUUUCACGGCUGGGAUGAAGAAAAGCAGGAGCAGAGACGCUUACGAAGUUCUUCGAGAUGGUGUUGGUGUGGACAAGUUUUGAAAGGAUGACUGUCCUGUAUCUCAUCUGUAAACUAUAAUUUAGUUAAAUCUAAUAUGUGGAUCCUGUGGCUUGUUCUCCAUGAUUUGUUAUUGUACGUACAAAAACCUGGUUGAAUCGAGUUCUAAAAUGUUUAUUGUGGGUGUCAAAUAAUUGCAAAUUCAGUAAAAUUGCCGUUUUUAGGUGUGGACA